GUUGUUCUGACCGGGGUCUGGUCCGCUGCAGGUGUGUGCUGACGUCACUAAUGUGAUCUCUGAUCAUGGUAAUUAUUUAUCGAUCAGCUAUUGAUAGAGGAGCAAAACUCUCUCAGUCACGUGACUCCGUAUCUCCGCUGACAACAUGGCUGCCGAGGACCUGCCGUCUGAAUUUGACGUCGUCAUUCUGGGCACAGGUCUUGCCGAGUCAGUGGUGGCAGCGGCCUGCUCCCGAGUCGGACAACGAGUUCUUCAUGUUGACAGGAGAAGUUACUAUGCUGCCAACUGGGCCAGCUUCACCUUCAACGGCCUGCUCACCUGGAUCCAGCAGCACCAGGAGGAGUCUCCGCCAGAGGAGGCGCAGGAUUGGUCGAGUCUGUUGGAGGAAGGAGAGGAGCUGAUCUACCUGUCCAGCUCAGACUCCGCCUCCAUCAGUAACCUGCAGGUGUUCUGCUACACCAGUGAAGAAGACGAGGAGGAGGAAGCUCAGCGUCCUGAUGCUCCGAACACCACAGAAGAAGAGUCAGAAGCCGCCGAUGAAGACGCUGUGAAGGAAACGUCAGAAACCGAAUCUUCAGAUUCAAAAGAUGAAGAAACAAACCAGGAAGCAGCAGAAGAGCAGCAGGCCACACAGGCAGAGGGGGAGGAGCCAGAGGCAGAUCAGCCACACCUCUCUCCUGCUGCCAGCCAAUCAGAGCCAACCAGGAAGAAAAUCAGCUACGCUCAGCUGGUGAAGGAAGGACGCAGGUUCAAUAUUGACCUCGUCUCCAAGCUCAUGUAUUCUCGAGGCUCAUUGGUCGAUCUGCUCAUCAAAUCAAACGUCAGUCGCUACGCAGAGUUCAAGAACGUCACCAGGAUACUCACAUAUCGCCACGGCAACGUGGAGCAGGUGCCCUGCAGCAGAGCUGAUGUGUUUGCGAGCCGUCAGCUGUCUGUGGUGGAAAAGAGGAAGCUGAUGCGUUUCCUGACGUCUUGUGUGGAGGAGACGGAGGAGCAUCAAGCCUACAACGGUCGGCCAUAUUUAGAGUUCCUGUGUGACCAGCAGCUGAGCGACAACCUGCAGCACUUCCUGCUUCACUCCAUCGCCAUGGCAACAGAGGACACGCCCACAGAGGAGGGGCUCGCCUCCACACGUCACUUCCUGCGCUGCCUGGGUCGCUACGGCAACACACCAUUCCUGUUUCCCGUGUAUGGACUUGGGGAGAUUCCCCAGUGUUUCUCUCCUCCUCUGCCUGUGUCUCUGCAGGUCUCCAUGGUAACCGUCCCUCCAAUAGCAGCAGGCCGUCCGGCGGUCCGGAUGGUGGAGCUGAGCCCGUCCACCAUGACCUGCAUCCCAGGAACAUAUCUGGUCCAUCUCACCUGUCAAUCAGUUGGCUCCGCCUACGAGGACCUGUCGCCGGUAGUAACCAGGAUGUUCCGCACGCCAGAGUCACAUGACCGAGAAAACUGUCCGUCCGUCCUCUGGUGUCUCUACUUCAACAUGGCUGACGGUUCGGGGGCGGAGCCUGAAGACCACGACCUCCCGUCCAACGUGUUUGUGUGCUCCGGUCCGGACGCAGGUUUGGGCCACGAUCACGCCAUCAGACAGGCCGAGUCCAUCUUCCAGAAGAUUCUCCCAGAGGAGGACUUCUGUCCUCCAGCUCCAAACCCAGAGGACAUCAUCUAUGAUGGAGACAACGGCUCGUCCUCCACGGCAGGAGGAGAGGAGGAAGCACAGGAGGAAGCACAGGAGGAAGCACAGGAGGAAGCACAGGAGGAAGCACGGGAGGAAGCACAGGAGGAAGCACGGGAGGAACCACAGGAGGAGAAGGAGGUGUUGGAGGAGGCGAGUCCUCCAGCUGAGGAGUAACCUGCAGAAACAAAGUGUUGACGCGCAAACAGAAGCCAAAACCUCCUGCAGUGCUUUGUGGGUUCAAGUUGCCUUCGGUUCUUUUCUUAUUUUUCUAUGAUUUGUUCUGUUUGUGUUUUAUUUAAAUAUUGUGACUCAUUAAAGCUUCAAUAUGAACAAACUGA